ACUCCUGACUCUGGAUCAGCUCCCACGUCCCGCUCCUCCUCAGCCGUGUACUCCCCCAACCGCCAGCCAGACCACAGAAACCGACCCGGGAUCAGGAUUACGGACAAAACUCCAGCAUUUCAAACUCAGCCCCCUUUUCUAAAACCGAGCCAACCUGUUGAGUGUAGCAGCGCUGAAGGCAGGGUGUUGGCGUCCUGUGUGGAGAAAAGUCGCAGCUUCUGAGUCAGAUAUCCGCCUUCUUGGGAGAAAUCUCCUCGUUUUUCGUCGUUGCUAAACACAACUUGUGAGAGGUAAACAGCCUCAAGCGUGAAGAUGUCAAAGAUCUGUGCUUUGGUGUUGAUGACACUCGUGUCCCUGGUAUUUGCAGAAGAACAGAACUUGGAAGAUGACCCAUUUACCUUCGACUACCACAGACUGCGUGUUGGAGGCCUGAUUCUAGCAGCUGUCCUCUGUCUCAUUGGCAUCACCAUCCUCCUCAGUGGCCACUGCAGGUGCAAGUUCAACCAGUCCAAGAGAAGGAGGACAGGAAGCAAUGCUCAGCAGAUGCUCUCCGACCAAGGUCGUUCCUGCGACUGCUAGAUGUCCACCAGAACACACACCAACGUCCCAAACCUGCAACCAACAGAUAACACGGAGGAGCAGCAGUGGGAUUUGAUACAUCCAAUGAGAGGCUUUUGUUUUAUUGUUAGAGAGCAACAGAAAGUAGUCUGUGUGUACCAGUUACGAGGUGUAAUGCUUUCUGCCUGAUAACUGAGCUACUGAUCUGCAGCCUGCGCCUUCACACAUACACACACAUACAAGUCGUCACUUUCAUUUCAAUCAGCUGAAACAUUUUAGGGGUUAAAAAGGCUUUGACAUGAAGAAACUGUCGUACAAAACCUUUGGGAAUUCCUUGUUUAACUCAGUGUGAAUGCUUUGUCAUUCAUUGUUGAUAGUUUGGUUGAUUGAGCUGAAAGUGACCUCAUACAACAGUAACAAAAAACUAUUACCAAAAAAGUUGUCCACAUGCUGUAGGUUGUGUCAGUGUCUCGCACUACUUCUGUUGUCUGUACUGUAUGUGUAAGGUCAAUAUUGGUGUAGAUAUUAGUCGCUUACUGUGGCCAACCUAACCUGCUGUCCGUGCUUUAAUGUUAUAUAUAAAAUCCAUGAGUGUGUAGAGUGCUGUUUAUAAUUCAUGAUAAUCUGUUAAUUCCCAUGUUUAGCUUUAUGGAGGAAAGUAGAGGAUUGCACUGUUCAGAGAAACACUCUGCUAUGUUUCUAUAAAAGAACCAUUGAAACAAAGAA